AUGGAAUAUUCAAGCAUUGAAUUGAAUGAUUUACCCGUCGAAAUUCUUAUUUAUAUUUUUAAAAAAAUCUCCAAUGUUGAAGUACUCUACUCUUUAAUCAAUACUAAUCAACUAUUAAAUCAAAUUGUACGUGAUCCAAUUUUUACAAGUGAUUUAUUUUUACUAAAUUGUUUUUCGGACGGUUCUAUUUCUCCAUUAUCUAAUCGAAUGCUUGAUAAAAUUUGUUUACAAAUAUUACCUGAUAUUGGUGAUAAAAUCAAAUGGUUAAAUCUUGAAUCAUCAUCUAUGGAACGUAUUCUUCUUUCUACAAAUUAUUCUAAUGUAUGUAAACUUGGUUUAUAUGGUUUGGAAAUCGAAAAAGCAAAAUAUCUCUUUACGGAAAAAACUUAUUUGAUUGAUAUAUUCAAAAAUCAGAUUUCAUCACUUAUUAUUAAUAUAACUGAAAGUGAAAAUCAAAAAUCGAUAAAAAAUAUGAUUAAACUUGUAUUUACACAUAUCUUGACCAUAUUCACAAAAUUAGAAUAUUUAAUAUUUGAUGUAACAAUUGCUUUCGAUCGAUUGUCGUUUUUCAUGUCACCUCCAACUAUUAUUUCUUCAACUUUGUUAGAAUUGCAUGUUUCUGUAUCGGCUUUCUCUGAUUGUCUUUAUUUACUUGAUGGUUGUUUUAAUCAACUUCGUGCACUUUAUGUUGAGAUUCAUUCCAUUUAUUCUUCACGUUUAACAAUCAAUAAUAAGGGAAAUCUCCCUAAAUUAAAAUGCUUUUCACUACACUGUGAUUAUUGUAACGUUACUUAUGAUGAGUUAAUUAUACCACUUUUACAUCGAAUGUUGAAUUUAGAAACACUCGAUCUAUAUCUUAGAAUUGAGGGAAAAUUAAUUGAUGGAGACCAAUUGAAGACAAAUAUAAUUAAUUAUAUGUUACGAUUAAACAAAUUUAUAUUCUUUAUUUUUUCGACUAUUAAUCUUAAUAAUCAAAUUCAUUUGCCAUCGAAUGAAGAUAUUCAACAUACCUUUAGAGAAUUUCACGACAAUCGAAUUAUCUCUUAUGUUCAUUAUCUUCCGAAAACAAGAAUAGGUCAAUGUCAUAUUUAUACAUAUCCAUAUCAAUUAAAAUAUUAUCAUCAUAUAACAAAUAGUUUUCCAGGUGGAUUAUUUAAAUAUGUUCGUGAAAUCUCAUUAUAUGAUGAAUAUCCUUUUGAACAUGAAUUUUUUAUUCGAAUUCAACAAUCAUUUCCAUUUAUGAAAAAAUUAUCGUUGAAUAAUGCUAAAGCACAAAAGAAUAAAUUCUUUAAUCAAUCAAAAAAUAAUUAUCAAAAUUUAUCAAUUAUUAAAUAUUCUCAUCUAAUUCAACUUGAUCUUCAUCAAGCUCAUAAAGAUUAUUUAGAAGAAUUUUUACUUGAUACAAAAACAUGUUUACCAAAUAAUAUUCGGAUUUUUAUUCCUUAUAGACCAUUAAAAAAUAUAACAUACAAUUUUACAAGAGAUGCAACACGGAUGAAUUGUUCUAAAGUCAUUUAUCCAUAUUCACAUUAUCUUACUCGAUUACCAAAACAUUUCAAAGAUUAUUUUCUUCAUACAUAUGAAUAA